ACAAUUUCAACUUUGGGGAAUUAGAAAAUUUGCUGCAGACGACAAGAAGGAGAAUCGGGCCAGCGCAGCUCAGCUAUGUUGUUCCCUUUCAAUUAUUCAACCCUUACUCUUAGCCGUAGAAAAGGGGUUCCUUUGGAAGCUCAAAUGAAAAGCUGAAGAAGAAGAAGAAGAAGAAGAGACGAAGACGAUGAUUAUUAAUGAUGAGAUGAUACAUUUUAAUUCGAGGUUCUAUUCCCCCCGUCCUCCCCUUUGACCGGUUUCUCGCUCCCGUUCUCGAGAAAUUCGAGGAAGAUGAUGGUCCUAUAAAAAAUGACCGGACAGAACCCCAUUAUCAUUCAAUCGUGAACCGGAAAAAGUAACCCGACCCCCCUCCUGCUCCUCCUCCUCACUCGCAAUUCUCCCCGUUUCUCGAUUUGCCCAUCUCUCUCUCUGUGUUUAUCUGUGUUUCUUGAUGUUUUCCUCAAGACACGUAUCCCUUCUGUAACUAACUGAGUCUCCGAGGCAUCGAGGACCGAGUCCGUUGAUUCAAUUCGAGGAGAGAGAACCCCUCGGGGUGAAACUUGAAAGCAAAAAGGGACAGAACUUUCACUCCUCCAUUUCUCCUCUUCAUCUUCUUCCAAGUUGACUUUCUCGUGACAAUAAGAAGGAAAAAGCCCAGCUGGCAUUGAAUCGAGCAAGACCCUUCAUUUGUAUGGGGAUGGCUGUUGCGCUUGCUGUUUGACACCCCCUCUGCCUCUGUCCAUGAACAGCUCCAUUGAUGAAGAGUUGGAAGCUACGAUCAUGACCCUGAUGAACCAAGACAGGAAGAAGAAGUCUUUCAUUGAGAUAAUUCAAGGGAUGACGCAAAGGAAUGAAAGGGAUAAUAUGAGCAAAGAUUCCCCUGCACAAUCACAGAGUGAAUCGGCCCCCGAGAGUACUAGCUGCAGAGCCAUGGGACCUUCAACCCUCGAUCUCAAUAUUCAAACCUUCCGGAUGUCUGUGGCCACAUGGAAUGUGGGAGGUAAACCUCCACAGAGAGGACUUAACCUGGAGGAUUUUCUCCGUUCUGAUGAUCUGUCUGAUAUGUAUGUUUUAGGUUUUCAGGAGAUAGUGCCGUUAAAUGCUGGAAACGUGUUGGUAAUAGAAGACAAUGAGCCUGCUGCAAAGUGGCUAGCCCUGAUAGAUCAGUCCCUCAAUAAACCGACUAAUCUCUCCUACCGAGGAUGGAAGCCCUCCACAACUCUAAGCGGUUCACUCUUCUUCCCUAAGCCUUCGCUGAAAAGGAUGAGCAAGAUUUUCCGGGUCGAGAACGGGCGGAGACUAAAGGCUUGCAACUGCACCAUGGACUUGGAGAGGAAGAACAGCAAGGACUUCUGCUUCAGGUGCCAGCAGUCUUAUAUAAGCGAAGAUGACCUCUCUUCAGAGGACGAAGAUGAUGAUGAAGCUAACAGCCUCGAGAUAUCAGACAUUCCUGCUUCCUUCGGUGCCAAUAAUCACAGGAGGUACAGCCUUGUGGCGAGUAAGCAGAUGGUCGGAAUAUUUGUCUGUGUGUGGAUGAGAACAGAGCUUAUACAGUAUGUGGGCCACUUGAGAAUCUCGUGCAUUAGUCGAGGAAUCAUGGGUUGUCUUGGUAAUAAGGGGUGUAUUUCUGUGAGCAUGUCUUUCCAUCAGACGAGUUUCUGCUUCAUUUGCAGUCACUUGGCAUCUGGCGAGAAGGAAGGUGAUGAGCUGAGGAGGAAUUUAGAUGUCAUCGAAAUUCUUAAGAACACUCAGUUCCGGAAGAUCUGCAGGAGUCCUCAGAGUCGGAUGCCCACGAAAAUUCUAGGACACGAUCGGGUGAUUUGGUUGGGAGAUUUGAACUAUCGAAUUGCUCUGAGCUAUUCCGAAACGAAGAAGCUUAUGGAGGCAAAUCAGUGGGAUGCGCUUUUAGAUAAAGACCAGCUCAAGAUUGAGAGAGAAGCAGGCCGAGUAUUCAAAGGGUGGAAAGAGGGGAAAAUAUUCUUUCCACCCACUUACAAGUACUCGUACAACUCCGAUGCUUAUGCCGGGGAUACGGUAAAAUCGAAGAAUAAGAGGAGGACUCCAGCAUGGUGUGAUAGAAUCUUGUGGUAUGGGAAUGGGAUUAGGCAGCUUUCCUACAUUCGGGGGGAGUCCCGGUUUUCAGAUCAUCGGCCAGUCUGUGCUGAGUUUCUGAUCGAUGCGGUGGUUGGUGAGUCGGGAUCAAAGGGCGGAACAUGAAGGUUGGAGCUGAGGAGCUUCUACCUCCAAAUGCAAAAUAUGCUGAAGAGGGACCAUGUACUGUGUUACGCAUCAGUGUCGCCCAUUUGUCAAGGCCGAAGAAGUGUGCAAUUUUGGAUCAAACAAAUACGAGAGAGCAAGCAAUUCUAGUAUUCCUUGCCGGCCGGGGCCACUACAGUUCGUUCAAUCUCUGAGAACUUAUAUAUACACACAGAGAAUCGUGUCACGACGCUAAGCAAAGAGUUUAUUUUGCAGAUUUUAGGAAGAUGAAAUUGAAGUGACUCAAGUUGUUUUAUUAGGGAAAGAGAGAGUGCUUGGAAUCCAUCCAACUGGUAAUGUUGGGUGUCCAAGUUUCAACCACAUUUCAGUGUUUUUUUUUUUCCUUGAUAAGUGAUGAAUUUUAUUAACCAAAGAGAGAAUGGACAUAGUACACUUAUCCAAA